AUGAAGGAAGACAUCAUGUUCAAGGCUCUGCAGGCAAAGUUCAAUAACACGAGAAACUCAAGCGGAGCGGUGGGCACUAAGACAGGCAGUGGGGAGCGCUCUCCCACGACAGCUAUGGGGAGAUGGUGGGGAUGGUUCGGGGAAGAGAACGACUCGGAGCAUGUCAUGAGACUACGAGACGAUCUGACUCCAAAACCAGAAACCUCUCACCAAUCCAAUAACCAUAACCGGCAUCACUCUCCCACUGGGCAGUGCAUUCUCACAGAACCACUUACCUUCACUCAGCAUCAACCACUGCAGAAGUUGAUCGGUCCACAAAGCCGCAAGCUCACAGUCCUUCCCAGACCAAGAUAUGGGAAACAGCACAAGAUCGAGAAGUGA